UUUACUGGAUAUUUAUAGUUAUUUAAUCAAUAAAUUUAUUUUAAAUGAGUUUUUGGAAAUAAAAAUAGAAAAUUGUCCCAAAAUUUUAUAUGUAUUUAUUUAUAUAUAUUGUUAAUAAAUAAAACUUAAUAAUGAUAUUAUUAUAUUUUCAAAAUAUUUCAAUUUUAAAGAAUACAAUUAAUCAUCAAUGCUAAGUGUAUAAAUUCUUUUAAUUUUUUUUUAGGUUCUUCUAAGGGUAUCAAUCAUCAGUGAUAAUUGUAUAAAUUAUGCGGUAGAUUCUCUCAACACCAUACAUUAUCUUAUAGGUUCUAUAACGAAGUAAUUAAAGAAUAAUAAACGUAUAUACAAUGUAUCUAUUUUUCGCGAUAAUUAGACGUCACUUAGGCUCUAUAGUGGAGUAUUUGUUUUACUCUAAUUACUCUGGCUUGACUUCGUAAAGGGUUAGAAUUUAACGGCAGCCAGCAAUUGAGGAUUAUCGGCGAUUGUCAGCGUACACGUGUUGGUCUAGCAAUUUAGUUACUACAGACUGAUAUGGGUUAAUUUGGAUUUUUGUGAUAUUGGAGAAAUUCCUUUGAUUUUUUCUUUUUUGUAGAGAAUGCUUUUUUGUAUUACUAGGAUUUUGUUUUCUUAAUAUUCCACAUCCCUAAACUUAGGAAACAUAUCAAGUUAACAAAGUAAUAUAAAAUAUCUAGAAAUAUUUUAGAAAAAUAUCUUCCAUUUAUCUUUUCUUGACACGACUAAUUGGUUAUAAAUAAAUUAAAUACAACGCAUGCCAACUCUAUAAAUACUUCUCUUUCCACACCAAAACCUCAAACUCUCUAACAAACCACUAAGGAAAAGAUGGAAGCGAAAUCAUUUCUUCUCCAUUUUAUCCUCUUUAUUGUCAUUUUCUCUCAUUUUUCUCACUCAACUUCCUCAAGGAUCCUAAACAAACCCUCAAACUGCUCAUCGUCUGCAAGUUUAGUGAGCCGUAAUGCGGAGAGGCUGAUCAAGUCCUUCAAUCUAAUGCCUGACCAUGACGUCAAUGUCAUCGCAAAGGGAAGCCCUGAUGUUCCCCGACUCAUUGAAAGCCAAAUCAAUUUUCCGGAAACCAUCGGUAUAAGAAACACUAUAGGUGGUCCUUCUGUCCAACAAUUCGGCCACUAUGGCGGUUACUACAGCCUCACUCAUACUAAAUCAGCUAAGAUGUUCUAUUUCUUCUUUGAGUCACGGACCAACAACACCGAUCCGGUUGUGAUUUGGUUAUCUGGUGGACCGGGUUGUAGUAGCAGUGUGGCUCUGUUCUAUGAGAACGGUCCGUUCACAAUAUCGGAUGAUCUCUCUCUUUCUUGGAACGAUUUUGGUUGGGACAAGGUAUCCAAUCUAAUAUACGUGGACCAACCGGUCGGGACUGGUUUCAGUUACACAUCGGACCAAAGCGAUCUUCGCCACGACGAGACUGGUGUGAGCAAUGAUCUCUACGAUUUCUUACAGGCCUUUUUCAAAGAACACCCGAAGUAUGCAAAAAAUGAUUUCUAUAUCACGGGUGAAUCAUAUGCUGGUCACUACGUCCCUGCUUUGGCUUCACGAGUUCACAACGGAAACAAGAAUAAGGAAGGGAUUCCAAUCAACCUUAAGGGUUUUGCGAUUGGUAACGGUUUAACCAACCCGGAGAUUCAAUAUGGUGCAUAUGGGGAUUAUGCCCUGGAAAUGAAGUUGAUCUCUGAGUCUGAUCAUGAGAGUCUCAAGCAAGACUAUGUUUUUUGUCAAAGUUCCAUCAAAAAAUGCAGUAACUUCCAUAAAAUCUAUUUGUUUCGAAUAUUUUUGGAUUUGGGUUUGGAAAAAAACUUUUCGAGUCUAAAAUCUGUUUUUUUUUUUAAAUCAAUUUCAGACCUUAAUGGUGGUGAAGAAUGUAGUUAUGCUUUCGUAGAUUGCAACGACAUAUUCACCCAGAUAAUGUCCAAAAUAGAAGGCACAAAUUUUUAUGACUUAAGGAAAAAGUGUGUUGGAAGCUUGUGCUAUGACUUUUCGAAAAUGGAAGCAUUUUUGAACCAAAAGAAAGUACGCAAAGCUCUAGGAGUUGGAAACAUCGACUUUGUGUCGUGUAGUACCACAGUUUAUAAAGCAAUGCUAAAUGAUUGGAUGGUAAAUCUUGCUGACAAGAUUCCACGGCUUCUUGAAGAUGGAAUCAGUCUCCUUGUCUAUGCAGGAGAAUUCGAUAUCAUAUGUAACUGGCUUGGCAACUCCAGGUGGGUUGAUCAGCUAAACUGGUCAAACCAGAAGGAGUAUGGAUCAGCCAAGAGAGUCCCGUUCUUGGUAGAUGGGAAGGAAGCUGGGCUAAUGAAGAAUCACGGUCCUCUCACUUUUCUUAAGGUUCAUGAUGCUGGACACAUGGUUCCUAUGGAUCAGCCAAAGGCUUCUUUGCAAAUGCUUCAGACUUGGAUGCAAGGAAAGCUUGCUACUCCUACUCCGACUGGUGCAACAGUUCGUCAGUUAUUCUAGCCGAAUAUUUCUUAACCGAAUACGAACUGGUUGUUGUAGUUCCUUAACUAACUAAUCAAAAUAAAUUUCAGUUCGAUAAUGCAGAUGGCUCUUUUAUAUUCUCUGAGCGUGACCAUACAUUCAUAAAUUUAUAUAUAUAUAUAUAUAUAUAUAUAUAUAUAUAUAUAUAUCUCUGCAAACUUAUAACGAGAGAAACAUCUAGAGUUGACCAAAACACUUUAUAAUUUUUUUUGUCAAUCGUUGUUCAAAAUGAAAAAUGUAAAAGGUCUCGCUAAAACAAGAAACGCUUGGUUAGUUUCAAACAUGGAAGACAACGAUGAUAUAUACUUAUGGCUCAGCUGAGAUCUAUGUAACACUAAUUUUCUAGUCCCUAUAAUUUCCCGACCACUCUCUGUCUGCUUUUAAGAAAAACGUCCCAUGUCUUCCAAUUGUUCUAAGAGAAGAACGUUUCAUACUCUCACUGGUUUAAGCAGAUUUAGGAGGUUACGUUCUUAACGAGUUUGACAGAGGAGUCCAAAGAACCAUCUGUGAUAGAAUUAUAACAAUCAGCAAAAAUAAAGGUGCAACGAAUUCUAAAGUUUCACUUGCAGGAAAUCAACGGGUCCUAUGAACUUUUUGAAGGAUCGGCGAAAGGUUUGAUUCUUCUCUCAUGAUAGUAUAAGAAACCUUUCUCUGUUUUGUCACCAAUUUACUUAGUCUUCUAUCAUUUCCUUCAAAACUUACAAUAUAACCAAUGUACAUAAACAUUACGCACUUAUACGGAUUAAAGAACUUUACAGAUGAAUAUAAUCCAAGGUUACAAAAAUAUAUCUUCACUUCUUUUAUCAAAAUAUAUA